AAAGGAAAAUCGUAUGCAAAACCCAUAAAGAAAUACUAUUUCUCUCUCAGUCAGAGCCGUAACAAUUAAGAAAAAUCCCAACCUUUCUAUAAAAAUCAACCCUUGUUUACUCUUCUCUUCUGAUAUUUCUCUCACAACCAAAAAUGGCUUCACCAGCAAUCCUCCCAAUCACUUCACAACCCACCGCCGCCGACACCACCCAACAGAUCGGUCCAACUCCGGCAUUCCGAUCAUUCAUCAACCACAUCUCCACCACCGUCCAAACUGGUUUUGCCAAUCGCCGGCCAUGGUCCGAGCUCCUUGACCGGUCCGCUUUCUCUAAACCGGAAUCUAUCUCCGACGCCACUCUCCGUAUCCGCAAAAACUACACCUAUUUCCGUAUCAAUUACCUUUCUCUCCUUGCUGUUGUUCUCGCCUUUUCCCUCCUCACAAACCCAUUUUCCCUUCUUACUCUUUCUGGCCUUCUCGCCGCUUGGCUCUUUCUUUACCUUUUCCGUCCUUCCGAUCCGCCUUUGGUUCUAUUUGGUCGACAGUUUUCUGAAAGGGAGACGCUGGGUUUGCUUAUUGUCUCUACUGUGGUUGUAAUUUUUCUUACCUCUGUUGGAGCUGUGCUUGUUUCUGCUUUGAUGGUUGGUCUUGGGAUUGUGUGUAUACAUGCUGCUUUUAGGGCCCCUGAGGAUCUUUUCCUUGAUGAUCAAGAGUCUCCUGCUACUGGGUUUCUCUCUUUCUUGAGCAGCGGUGCCGCCAAUGCUGUUGCCCCUGCGGUUGCUGCUAGGGUUUGAGCGUAUAUGGGGUAUGCAAGCUCGAUUCAUAUAAUUUUGUGAAUGAUUUACUGUCUUUAGUAGAUUAACUCAUAAAGAAUUGAUGGAAAUGAGACCAGAAUAAUGAUGUAUGUAUAAGACUUUUUCCGUUUCUUUAAGAUUCAGAACUUGAAAAUUGUAAUUUGGAUCCUACCAACUUGGAAGUUUAGUUACUGUAAUUGAUUCUUGAAAAUGAGUAAUUUGCACCUGAGAUCUGAGUUGAUCAAAGUCCGAUUGAAAGAACAAUUUUUUA